UAUACAUUUAGAUGGGUCAAGAGUGUUAGAAAUGCCAAAAUAAACAAGAAGGACAUGCAAAUGAAAUACAUAAAUAAGAAGUAAUUAGUUCUGAUUCUGAUCCUGAAUAUGAGGAAGAAGAUGAGAAACAACCCUGUAAUAAAUAUGGAGUAAUAAUUAGAAAAACCACCUUCGAUGGAUAGCAAGUCUAACACUUCUACAUUUAUUAAGGAGCAAUAUAAUUCUCUAGAAUCAAAGCAAGAGUAAAUUGAGAGUCCCUUGAAUCAACUUAAAUUUUAGGAUGGUGGAAUCUAUACAGGGAUAAUAAUUAACAACAUGGCCAACGGACUUGGCAGGUUGGUCAUGACUAACGGCGAUGUACAUGAGGGCAGUUUUAUUAACAAUAAAUUAGAAGGAGAUGGGAAAUGUAUUUAUGCAAGAGGACCUAUUUACACUGGCCAAUUCAAAUAGGGAAAGUCCUGUGGAUUGGGAAUAGAAGUAUGGCCUGAUGGUUCUGUUUAUGAAGGGGAGUUUCAAAAUGGGAAAAAGCAUGGAAAAGGAGUUUAUAAAUGGAGUUAAUAAAGUACGUACAAUGGAGAAUGGGCAGAUAAUAUGAUUAAUGGGAUUGGCAAAUAUGAAUGGCCUGAUGGUAGGGUAAUUAUUAGUUAUUUAGAACAUAGUCGUAUUAGGGUUAAUGGGUAAGAAAUUAAAUGCAUGGUCGAGGAUUUUACAAAUGGAUCGAUGGGAAAUAUUAUGAUGGAGAAUAUGAAAAUGAUAAAAAGAGUGGGUUUGGUAUUUUCAACUGGUCUGAUGGAAAAUAAUAUUAGGGUUAUUGGCUAGAUGGAAAGUAACAUGGUAAAGGACUUAUGAUUAAUAAAGAAGGGAAGAAAAAAUUUGGAGAAUGGUAAAAUGGCAAAUUAAUAAGCUGUUCUGAUGAAUCUAAUUUAUAAAUUAUUCCAGAUGGUUGGUUUCUAAACACUUUUAAUUAAUGA